CGGCGGCUUUCCUUUGCGGCGUGGCCCGGCCGGCCGGCCUGUUCUUCUCUCCCCCGCUCAGGGGAGGCAGCAGGCGGGCCGGGCCGGGGCGUGGCUGGGCCUGGGAGGACUUCGCAGCCAUCUUGGGCCGCGUUGCUGCCUCCGCCUCCUCCUCCGCUCCUCCUCCGCCGCCGCCGCCGGUGGUUUCCUCACGGGGAAGAAAAUGAUCCACAGCCUGUUUCUUAUAAAUUCUUCUGGGGACAUAUUCUUGGAGAAGCACUGGAAGAGUGUUGUCUGCCAAUCUGUCUGUGACUAUUUCUUUGAAGCUCAGGAAAGAGCAGCCGACGUGGAAAAUGUGCCUCCUGUCAUCCCCACCCCUCACCACUUCCUCAUCAGCAUCUAUCGAGACAAAAUCUUCUUUGUGUCUGUCAUACAGACGGAAGUGCCCCCUCUUUUUGUCAUCGAAUUCCUCCAUCGCGUAGCAGACACUUUCCAGGAUUACUUUGGAGAAUGUUCCGAAACUGCCAUUAAAGACAAUGUUGUUAUUGUGUACGAGCUUCUUGAAGAAAUGCUGGACAAUGGUUUUCCCCUGGCAACGGAAUCCAAUAUACUGAAGGAGCUCAUUAAACCGCCCACCAUCCUGCGCUCGGUGGUCAAUUCCAUCACAGGUAGCAGCAACGUGGGAGACACUCUUCCAACCGGCCAGCUGUCUAACAUUCCCUGGAGAAGAGCAGGAGUGAAGUACACAAAUAACGAGGCCUACUUCGACGUGAUUGAAGAAAUUGAUGCCAUCAUAGACAAAUCUGGCUCCACGGUCUUUGCAGAAAUCCAAGGUGUCAUCGAUGCUUGCGUCAAGCUCUCAGGGAUGCCAGAUCUGUCACUUUCUUUCAUGAACCCAAGACUCCUGGAUGAUGUUAGCUUCCACCCUUGCAUUCGAUUCAAGCGCUGGGAAUCUGAACGGGUCCUUUCCUUCAUUCCUCCCGAUGGAAACUUUAGACUGAUUUCCUACAAAGUCAGCUCGCAAAACUUGGUGGCCAUUCCUGUGUAUGUGAAACAUACAAUUAGUUUCAAAGAGAAUUCCCCUUCUGGAAAAUUUGAUGUUACCCUUGGGCCUAAACAGAACAUGGGGAAGACCAUUGAAGGCAUCGUCGUGACCGUUCAUAUGCCCAAAGCGGUACUUAAUAUGAGCCUGGCGCCCACCCAAGGCAGCUACACGUUUGAUCCCGUCACUAAGGUGUUAACAUGGGAUGUUGGCAAAAUCAUCCCUCAGAAGCUGCCUACUCUGAAAGGGAUGGUGAAUUUACAGUCUGGAGCUCCAAAGCCAGAGGAAAACCCAAGUUUGAAUAUUCAAUUCAAGAUCCAACAAUUGGCUAUUUCUGGAUUGAAAGUAAACCGCCUUGACAUGUAUGGAGAAAAAUACAAACCUUUUAAAGGUGUGAAGUACCUCACAAAGGCAGGGAAGUUUCAAGUACGCACAUGAAGCUGAAGAACUCUGCCUUUUCUGGCAGAUAGUUGUGUGUAUGUAUGUGUGUGUGUGUCGGCCUUGGAGAAAAAUGAGCAUUAGUUACUUAAAUUCCUCUUAAAUGCCAAAUCCAGCCAUUCCUCUGAAUAUAUAUCCAUUCCACACAGUCCUGAUUUCCACAUGUAGUAAUAGUUUAAGUUGGUCUUUUUUUUUCCUUACGUGGCUUUCCAAGAGAAAUGCUCCGUUAAGUAGGGUUGGUUGUUCUGGUGGACUUUGUGGAUUCCGGCUUGACCACCUGGGCUGUCCUUUGAACCAGCUAUUCCUGAAACACUGCCACGCAAACCAUCAAAGCACAAGAAGGAAGAGCCUGGCUUGGACAGAAAGGAAGCCCAAUCUGAAGCGGAGAAAGAAACGGCAUUAUUGCAAGCCGUUUCUGAAAAAGAGAACUCUUGAGAAAGCCCUACCUUACCCUAACCCUCUUUUGCAAAAGACUUUUUACUGGAACAAAACAAAAACAAAAUGCCUUUUUCUGCAGGAUUUACACCACCCUGCCUUUUUAGUCAGAACUGCCUUAUUAUCAUCUCGAGAAUUCAGCAGACAAUCUGUAGCCAAUAUUAAGAUUUCCCCCUCCCCUCACAAUUUGCUUUGAAAAAUGAAUGAAUGGGAUACAGAGCCUGAUUUGUUCCAAUUACCUCUGUAUUACAGAUGUCAAAACUUCGCAUCUUUGAUUGUUUGUGCCCUUCACACCUCCCCAGGUAGCGCCUCUGAGGUGGUGCUGCUUGUUUCUGAUGAAAUAAAAGGGAACACAGCUGUACCAACGUCCCUUGGACAACUUAAUUUUCAGACUCUGCCAAGUGGCCCAAGAGAGGGAGAGAGAGAGAGGUGGGAUUUCUGCAUUCGUUUUAAAAUGUUGAUGAUCGUAACAUCAUUACCUCCCUUUUCAGAUCAGUUGCAGGGAAGAAUCUGGGUGAAAUAUAACCCAAGCGAUGAAGGGAAGGGCAGUGCUCAUUGCAGAACCAAAUUAUUUGUUUAUUUUUUUAAAAAAUCACACGGUUAUAAAGAAAUGCUCUUA